CGAACCAGCAAGAAAGAAGAAGAAACAAUAAUCGAGUCCCCGGAGAUGGAAGGAGAGAACCGAUCGACUCACGUCAGCGUCCCCGGCGAGCCCACCCACACCAAGACGUCCCUCGUCGAGAAGGCCACCAGCACCAUUCAGAGCUUCGGCCCCAUCAACAAGAUCCACCAACAUCUUUGCGCAUUCCAUUUCUACGCCGACGACAUGACGAGGCAAGUGGAGGCGCACCACUAUUGCGGCCACCAGAACGAGGAGAUGAGGCAGUGCCUGAUCUACGACAGCCCGAAGCCCGACGCCAAUCUGAUCGGACUGGAGUACAUAAUCUCGGAGGAGCUGUUCCUGACGGUGCCGGACGAGGAGAAGCCGCUGUGGCACAGCCACCAGUACGAGGUGAAGAGCGGCAUGCUGUUCAUGCCGGGGGUGCCGGGGCCGGUGGAGCGCAAGGAUCUCGAGAAGGUGUGCAAGACGUACGGCAAGACGAUCCACUUCUGGCAGAUUGACCGGGGAGACACGCUCCCGCUCGGCCUGCCCCAGGUGAUGAUGGCCUUCACCCGAGACGGCCAGCUCUACGACAACUUGGCUCAAGAUGUUCAGAAGGAGUUUGGGGUUUCGUUCGUGAAGGAGAGGGAGAAUCGGGCCUAUAUGACAGGGCUGGCAAACGGAAUUCACCCACUAGCAAAUGCAGCAGGAAAAGGGUUGAAGACAGUGCUAAGGGAGACAGAUUGCAAGCCGGUGGAUGCCGUGCCCAGGGUCGUCGUUUGAGAGCUAUUGGGCUCAUGUUUUCCCAAAGUCCACGUCCAAAAGUUUAUGCCCGUGGAGUAUGGUUACAUAGUAUAUAUAUAUAUAUGGUUUGUGCAUUGUUGCUGGUAAACUCCUAGGUGUCGCAUGUUUGUUUGGAAAUUAAUAUAUAUAUAUAUAUAUCUUCAUAGGUAUAUAUGUGUCGUGUUCAGUAUCAAAUUUUGGGUCUUCAACUCUCUUAAGAUGCA